ACAGGACUUCGCAGAACAAAACCCAGCCAAGGUGCCCCUUCGCAAUGGGUUACUAAUGAUGCUCGAGAAACACCGGAGUUAUUGAAAACUAUUAACGAAUUGAUUGAAGAACGAGCACGCCAGCGGUUUUUAGAGCAUUGGCAAAGACUGCAGUUGAAUAGAAAUAUUUUACAAAGAGCUGAAGUAGCUGGACCUGCAUUUACGUAUCACACAUCACCACUUAACAGACAUCAGAAUCAAAACGAUCCAAUAGAGUUUGCAGUAGAUCCAAGUGAUCCACGUUUCUACAACCCAAGCGUUGAUAGUGCUUAUAGCAAAACCAAUUUUGAAGAUGAAAAUACUCCUGAGCAAGAACUGCUGCAUUCCAAUCCCAUCAAAAAUCUUCCACCUUCUCCACAGGAUAUAAAACCAAAGCUCCCGAUUAACGUCAACCAGCAAUCAUUGGACUAUAAACUAGGGAAUAAAGAGCAAAGGUAUGAUGUGAGUGUGAGUGGAGUUAUUCAGAGACCAGUGGAAAUGGGCGGAGCAAUAACAAUGUACAUUGUGGCUUUGAUUGGAGGAAUCAGUGCAGCUGUGACAGUUGGCUUAAUUUCAAUUGGUAUUGGAUGGUAUACGUAAGUGUUGUCAUUGCAAAGUUGAUUGAUUUAUAUGGCAUUUUAAACAUUAGAAUACUUCCUAAAGAUUUAAGCCCGAUUUGACCCAGAAAACUUAUUACUUAAGUGUAUUGUACGCUACUUUACAACCUAAAACGUGACUUUAAAACACAUAUAUCGAAAUACCCUUGGAUACCUACAUCAAGCUAAGCAUUCUGUUUACCCCUGAAUGUAGGUAACCAAUUUAUUUGAUUCUUUAAAUACAGUGAAGAUUCCUAUAGUACGGUUAAUAGGUACCGCACUAUAGGAACCGACAUUAACGAAUACACGUAGCCUAUGGGAUUAGAGCUAUUUGGGGACAAACACUUAUUGUAGGGUAAUUUGAAAAGAUGACUUCCUGGUGUCUUCUGAAAAGUUAUUAACAAGGUAGAUGACCUCCUUUUGGGACAAUCAGUAAAAGUGGUCAAUUCAUGAAACUGAUCCUAGAGCUCCGUGAUUUUUUCGAAACUGCUCAUAGACGUCUUAUUACAAUUAAUUCGGAGUUUUGACCAGACAGUGGACGCUGGGGACCACGGGAUGGUCUACUUAUAGAUCAGGAACAUCCGUAAAAGUGGUCAAUUCAUGAAACUGAUCCUAGAGCUCCGCAAAUUU